CGUCAGAUGGGUUUUCCUCAAAACUGGCGAAAAGUGAUUUAGAUUAUUUUACAAUAAAACAACUGGUUUUCUACAGUAAAAGCUUACCAAACUUGAUAGAACUGUGUCAACUAAUGGAAUAGACAUGUGAGCAUAUGCUGACGAGAUGAGAACAGAGAAAUCGUAUGUUUGAAGGUGAAAUAGUCAAAUAGACAUUAGAAGUCCAACCCAUGUGAAGAUUCGACUGGCCAUCCCAUUCACAAAAAUAGUCUUAGGAAUUACUUGUCAACAGAUCCGGGAUGUCAGCGGCAAGAAACAGAAAGCAGAAGGGGCCAAAGCUAAAGUUUGCCAACUUUGAACCUGACAAACCUGUUAGUCCUGUACCUCCAAGAGACCUUGACUCCAAGGCGACAAUUACUAUAGAAGAGAAAACAUUUGAAGUUGAGGCUGCUGAUCUAGAGAGUAUAGAGGAGCUCGGACGUGGGGCUUAUGGCGUCGUGGAAAAAGUCCGACACAGGCCUAGUAACACAGUACUUGCGGUGAAGCGCAUAACUGCAACAAUGAACGUGAGGGAACAAAAGCGUUUAUUAAUGGACCUUGAUAUAUCCAAGAGAACUGGUGGCUGUCCAUACACUGUCAGUUACUAUGGUGCUUUAUUUAGAGAGGGAGAUGCGUGGAUCUGUAUGGAAGUCAUGGAUACAUCCCUUGACAAAUUCUACAAAAAAGUAUAUGAACUUGAGACACAAAUCCCUGAAGUUGUACUAGGAAAAAUAACAUCUGCAGUAGUUAAAGCCUUACAUUACUUGCAAAGUGAGUUACAAGUCAUACAUCGAGAUGUAAAGCCUUCCAAUAUACUAAUAAAUAGGCGGGGUGAAGUGAAAAUAUGUGACUUCGGAAUAAGUGGGUAUUUAGUGGAUAGUAUUGCCAAGACAAUAGAUGCAGGUUGCAAACCAUACAUGGCGCCUGAAAGAAUCAACCCUCAGAUGGGAAAUACAGAAAAAGAAGGGUACGAUAUCAAGUCAGAUGUCUGGUCUCUAGGAAUAACUUUGAUUGAGUUAGCAACUGGCAAGUUUCCCUAUGCUCAUUGGAAGACGCCAUUUGAGCAACUGAAACAAGUCGUCGAGGACGACCCCCCACGCUUACCUCAGGAUCAAUUCAGCGCAGAUUUUGAUGACUUCAUGGUUAAUUGUUUGAAAAAGGAAUACAAGGAAAGACCCACAUACCCAAUGUUACUGCAGCAUGCCUUCCUGGUGAAAUCAGAUGAAAUGGAGGUCGACAUGGCUGGAUAUGUAAUUGAAAUAAUAGGACAUGCUGAUAAACACAAUUGAGGAUUGGCUUUAGUGUAGCUUAGUGAAUUACAAACAUGCAAAUCGUGCCCUUUCUCAUAUGGAACAUUUUAUUUGGGAUGUAUUUAUUCAUGGCCAUAAGUUGUAUGAACCAAUGAACCAAUAUCAAGGAAAUAUAAAUAAACUGAAAAUAUAAAAAAAAAAUGAACCAAGGAAGGCUGCCAUACAUUUGUGUCAUUUAUCAAGAAAAAUAGUUGGAUUU